ACGUCACUUGGGAGCCUCUGGUCCGGUUAGCUGUCAUCUACGUAGAAGGGAAGGGCAUGACAUGGAGCUACAUUUUCCAAUGUACAGUUAUAUAUGCGGCGUAGCUUGUUAAAAGCCUACAAUAUAUUUUGGUAUAUCUAUGUACCACGUUAGCGUUUAUUUCGUUCCGACAUCUUGAACAAACAGUGGCUAGCAAACCGGCUAGCUGGCUUGUGACUUACUGUAACUGGUAAAGGUAGUUCAAACAGAAAGCCUCCGCAUGGCGUUAAUCCUGUUUACGAGGUCCCGGGCACCUUUAAUGAAAACGUCCAGGUCGUUAAAGAACGAAUUCAGGAAAAGUAAAGGGAAAGUACAAGAUGGUGCCUGUUUCAACUGUACAGCAUUCAGACUCUCCAGUCAAAAACUCGAUGGGCUCCGACUUGGCAGUUUGACCCAGGUCUCUUCAUCUGGUCCUUCCCUCCCCUUGUCAGAUGGAUAUGUGGGCCCCUGCCAGAGCUCGGACUCACAGCGCCUCUACUGUGCUUUUAUGUUGGGGGCCUCCUCUUCACCCUACCCCGCAAUCACAACAGGGGCCCAGUGGACAAUAGCACGACCACAGGACAUACCCGGUGUUCGGUGGAUACACACCUCGAGGAGGAGAUGGGAUGACUCCAAGGUGGAGAAGUCCCUGCGUUCGUUAAAGGACAAGAAGAAAAAGCUGGAGGAAGGAGGGCCGGUGUACAGCCCGACGCUGGAUGCAGCACCUGUAAGAAGGACGGUCCGGCAGUGGGUUAUAGAUGAGGUCAAGCACUAUUACCACGGCUUCAGGCUGCUGUGGAUUGAUACCACCAUUGCUGGGCGGAUGCUGUGGCGGGUGCUGAAUGGACACCCUCUGUCCCGCCGGGAGAGGAGACAGUUCCUCAGAACAUGUGCCGACGUCUUCAGACUUCUUCCCUUCCUGGUGUUCAUCAUCGUCCCCUUCAUGGAGUUCCUGCUUCCCGUAGCUCUGAAACUCUUCCCCAACAUGCUGCCGUCCACCUUCGAGACACAGUCAAAGAAGGAGGAGAGGUUGAAAACGGAGCUGAGAGUCAAAUUAGAGAUGGCCAAGUUCUUGCAGGACACCAUCGAGGAGAUCGCCCUGAGGAACAAGGCUGACCAGGGGAACGUGACCGAGGAGUUCUCCACCUUCUUCCAGAAGAUUCGGGACUCUGGCGAACGUCCCAGUAACGAGCAGAUCAUCAAAUUCUCCAAACUGUUUGAGGAUGAGCUGACUCUGGACAACCUGACUCGACCUCAGCUGGUGGCUCUCUGCCGUCUCCUGGAGCUCCAAUCCAUCGGGACCAACAACUUCCUCCGCUUUCAGCUCAUCAUGAAGCUGAGAGCCAUCCGUGCGGACGACAAGCUGAUAGCGGAGGAAGGGGUGGAGAGUCUGAACGUGAACGAGGUGCAGGCAGCCUGUCGCGUCAGAGGGAUGAGAUCUCUGGGAGUCACAGAAGAUCGACUGAGAGAGCAACUCAGUCAGUGGCUGGAGCUGCAUCUGACCCAGCAGAUCCCCACGUCCCUGCUGCUGCUGUCUCGAGCCAUGUUCCUCCCUGACACUCUCUCCCCGGCCGACCAGCUGAAGACAACACUGCAGACUCUGCCUGAAGUGGUGACAAAGGAGGCCCAGUUGAUGGUGGCAGAGAUGGAGCUCUCCAAAGUGGACAAUAAGACCAAGCUGGAGAACACGCUGCAAGAGGAGGCGGCGAUACGCCAGGACAACAAGGACAGGGAGAUGGAGAGGUUGGCAGACGCUGCAGAGAAGGCUGCCAAGGAGGGUGAGUUGGAGCUUGAAGCAGAGCCGGUUAAAGCAGACAAAGCAGCUCAUUCAGAGAUACUGAGGGAUACAGCACCUGUCUUAGAAGGAAUCAAGGGUGAGGAGAUCACCAAAGAGGAGAUUGAUCUGUUGAGUGAUGCGUGUUCAAAGCUGAAGGACCAGAAGAGACUGUUGACUCUGGAGAAAGAAGAGCUCGAAGAACUGAAGGAUGAUGUCCAGGAAUACAACGAGGAUCUGGAGGAGAUAAAGAAGGAACUUUCUAAGUCUGGCCAAGAAAAGGCGAUAGAGGAGUCAAAGGCGAGCCAGCGUCUCUCUAAGAGGGUGAACCGUAUGAUCGGUCGCAUCGACAAAAUCAUCCUGGAGCUGGAGAAGGAUAAGGUCAUCCUGGAUGGGCAGAUGGACAGUGGAACCACUCCACCUAUCGGAUUAUUCUUUAUUAAACAUAGUGAUGCAACAAGUCUGUUCCACACCUUUAGGGAGAACCUGAUCAGCAUUGACGAGCUGAUCGGCGUCAUGCGGCAGAUCCAGAACAUUCCAGAGCACAAGCUGCAGAGUAUCGCGGAGGCCCUCGACGACAACAAGGAUGGGAAGAUAGACAUUGAUGAUGUCAUCAAAGUGGUGGAACUGAUCGACAAGGAGGACAUCGACAUCUCUACCUCUCAGGUGGCCGACAUCAUGGUGAUGCUGCAGAAGGAGGAGAAGCUGAUUGGGAAGGAAAAGGCCAAGGAAAAGGCUGAGAAGGAACAGGCAGCCACACUCAACAGCUAACUCAUUUUCCAUAAAGACACAUAGCACUUGUAAAGAAAAGAAAAGAAAAGAAAAGACCACUAAAGACAAAAGUGUGUCGUCUCAGAAAAACUCUGGACACCAGAGAGGCAGCAGCUGCCUUCUCAAAAUGUUAUUUCAACAUAAAUUAAGCUCCUAAAAUUGUUAUAAAAUGAAAAAGGAGGCACAUUUCCUUUAAAGCGCACAAAAUCAAGAAGAAAUUGCCAUUAUGUUUAACUCUUCUAGACUGAUCAUGUAUUAUAUGUUGAUAUUUGGGUUAGUGUAAUUUUACUCAAUCAUUUAUUGAUAGUGGGAACACAAUGACAAGAAAUCAUGGUUGUUCCAACUGAAGAGAUGGAGCAAAUUGAUCAAAAAUUAUGUUUGGGAAAAAAAAAUACUAUAUAUAUAUAGUAUAUAUAUUAGGAGAUUUAUUGUUUAAAGUUUGAGGUGAACCGUCUUGCCUUUCAAUUAAUUCAUGUCAUCAUCUCAGAGAAAUGAGAGAUCAUUUCUGGACUUUGCACAGUAAAAAUCAUCAUCGUCAUCAUUACCAUCAUUUCACUCAGUUUAUUUACCUCUUUUGAUUUUGUUUAUCCAUCAUACUCCCAUAUGAUUAAGUUAUUUUUUUCUGAAUUGUACUUGGACAGUGUAGCUGAAUGCUGGCUAUAGGAGGAUAAACUGGUGGCUGUAACCAAAUAUAUCAUAGAAAUUCAUUAAAAAAAAUCAAAUAAUGUGUGCUUUGAAAAAGCUAGAUUAAAUAUUUCUCUUUUUUUUCAAUUAACCAAUAAAUAAAAAAAUCAUAGUUUUGUGUUUAUCAUUCCCUGUAAAACAUAUAAAUAGAGGAUUCAUGCUGCAGAAGCCAAUGACUGAAUAUUAAAAAUAACUGUACUGUCAUUUCUUUUCAUUUUGUAAUUAUUACAUAAUAAUCUGUUGUCGCAUUGUAGCGGAGAUCUUCUUAUCUAUUCCUGUUGUGUUCAAUAGAUUUCUGUAAAAUGCCAAAGUUGCACUGUGGCACAUUUAUUCGCAGAUUAUUACUAAAAGCAACAAACAAACAAUCCAGACUGACUAGUUUAUGAGCAGUGAGGACUAUAAUCAGUAUAGGGACACGAAAAACAGCCCACCAAUCAGAUAUUAGUCAGUUGUUGGAAAGACAAGUUUUUUUUACUAGUUUCUGUUUCAGAGAGUAUUUGUCAGUUGUUUAGAGGUCGUCUCAAAGGGAGAAAGUGGCUUUUUGGGAAUGAUAAGUAGUUUAUUUUGUGAUAACCUUUGUAAUCUCGUCCUCCAUAGGUUAAAUGAAAAGUGGCCUUCCCUUGAUACAGAUAUUAUGGUGUACAUUUAUUUUUUUGAGUAUUAUAAAAAGAUGGUAGAGCGAAUUUACUUGAUGUAAUUUAAUUUGAAGCUGAAGAGGUCUGGAUGAAAUCAGUUGUAGAUCAGGUGGUUUGAGGCACAUACUGUGUCUUUGUUGUUUGUUUUAUUUGCACUGAAGCAAUGAAUGUGUGUGUGGAUUUUUCAGCUGUGUUCACACUGCAAGCAGCUGGACUAAAUGUUAUUUUUACUCUGACAAAAUACUCCAAUUGGGGCUGCAACUGAUGUAUAUUUUGAUUGUAUUUGAUUUGUUUAAUAUGAUCAACAUCAAUGGUCUUUAGGUUUGACUUAUAAUGAGAUAAAACAGAGAAAAUUGUAAAAUCCAUACAUCUUACAUUACAAGUUGGAACCAGCAAAUGUUCAACCAUUAUCCUUAAUAAAUUAAUUGCACAAGUAAUAGAUGAUCAAAACUAAACUUUCCGUCAAAUGGCUCAUCAAAUAAUUGUAUAUUUUCAGCACAAAUUUUAUCCAAUGUUGCAAGAAGCAUUUUGACUUCAUUUGAAGCUGUGAAUUGACAUUAUUCACAUUAAAACUUACACAUUAUUAACUUAUUGAUGAAUUAUUAUUAAGAUAUCCCUUUUUUACAACUUAAAUUUGCUCAUCAAUGGGAUCAUAGACAUUUACUUUUGCAGUCUAUCAAAUAAUUAGCUUAGUUUUGAAUGGUGCUGAUCAGUUUCACAUUAAUUUUGCUCUUGCAAGACAUGUUUAGCUUUUAUGAAUUCAAAUUGAAUUAAAAGGUAAUUGAGAAAAACACCAAAAAUCACUUAUGAAUUUCUCUGCUGACAGAUUUCUUAAUGGUUCUACAAAAUUUACUUGAAUAUCAAAAUUAUAAUUUCAGCACUAAUUUCAACCAAGAGGCUGUUAUUGUUUUGACGUCCUGUUUUUUGAAGCUUAAUGACAUUUGUAAUCUUUGAAUAAUGUGAUAAUUAAAUUACUACUAAAGAACAAAUACAAAUGGAGUUAUUUUAAAUCUUAACUGACCACUGCACUGGCUAAUGGGAAGCUUUGAAUGGUGGCGAUCAGUUUUAUAUUAAUUUUGCUCUUGCAAGGCAUAUGAAGAAAUAUGAGUGGGUUGGACUUCUACCGAAGUGUUUGUCACGCUGCUUGCCGUGUUAACACAAAGCAAAGUGUUGAUUUAUCUAUACUGUUGAAUAGAUUGAAUGUUAGGUAGUUUGUGAUCACGAUCAUCCCUCAGUUGUUCCUGCAUGGUUACCAGAGCAGAGCUCAGGUGUAAACGUUGGAAGACAGAGUGGUACUUGAGAUAACGCUGAGUGGACGACGCUCCGUUUAAUCUGUUCCCGGAAUCCGCUGUCAUACGUGCGAAUGAUUAAGAGCUUGUUCGUCUCCCAUCAGGCACUGUCCCAGUUCAGACCCUCUGCCUCGCCUGGGACCAGUCAGACUGAUGGGUCGGGGGUAAACACUCGCCCCAUACAUGGGCCAAAGCCAGCGCCACUGGAGGGUUGUGUUUAGGUUAGAGACGAUCCGGCGGGACAUGGCACGCCGUCUGCCGCAUAAAUCAGCAGCGGGUGUAAACAUGUCACAGGAAAGUUGUGACAACUUCUCGAUUACACUUUGCAGGAGAGAGUGGUGUUUGUGGUCGGGCUCAGGGGAGCGAUGCGUACAUUAGCAGCACUGCCACUGUUUCUAGGCAUGAAGGGGUCAAAGGUCAGAAGGGGGAAGAAGCAUGACAGUGACGUAUACCAGGACAUGAAAGGCUGAUAGAAAUCAAUACUUAAGAUUCCAGUGAUGGUUCAGAAAGGUUUGAAAUCCACUUUAAAGGCCACUGUGUUGAUGCAGAGUGAAAAAAUAUAUUAAUCUGUUAAUUAUUUAGUGUAAAAAUGUGAGAAAAUUGUGAAAAAAGCACUUCUCAAGCUGCCAGCUCCCAAGCAGAUGUUUUUGUCCAACCAGCAGUUGAAAACCCAGAUAAAUUUAUUUUACAAUGAUAUAAAACAGAGAAAGGCAGCAAAAAUGUCAGAUUUUGGAAGUUAAAAUUAGAGAAUAUUUGACUUAAAAGGUUUGACUCGAUUAAUCGACUAAUUGUUUCAGCUCUCCUGCUCUUCUUAGCAUCUUCAAAGUGCUUGUAUUGUUCGACAAUAGUUCAAAAACAGUAAAAAAAAAAUCUCAGGAUAUUUAAUAUACAAACAGACAGAAGUUAUGAGGAGCUAGAACCAGACAUGUUUGUCAGAGUUUUUAUAUUCCCAUACAUUUUGUGCUACUUCAUGCACUGGUAUAUUAAUUGUGAGGAAUAAUAUUUCAGUCAUUUAUUUGUGAUUAAGAUAAAUGGAAACCUGCCAAACGUUCAAAUGCAUUCAAGCAAUCCUGGAGAAAAUAAUUACAUUUUGAAACGAACCCCGAUAUGAAUAUCAGCAAAAUGUGACAAAAAACAAAACAAAACAAAGAGUUCUGCAGCCGUGCGUGGUAGUUUCUGAUUGUUUCGUCUCUGGCUGCAGUGUGAGGAGUUGAGCAGAGUUCACGGCUCACUGCUGGCAGCAGUGUUGAUCAUUGUUUUAAAAAAGUCUACCUUAGGGAGGAGGACAGGAGAGAUACAGAUGGCAGCAGAAGCAUUUUGACAGUGAGCUUAAAUAAGUCAUUUAUCAUUGUAAACAAAGCCCAUCAGCAAAGAGUCUUGCUUUUUUCUUUAUGUGACUUUAGUUGGACUUAUUAGCAGAUGAAAUGGCUGAUUUCAGCUCGCUGUCAUCCUAAUCCUCUGCUGAGUAUUGCCACUGUGUAAAUGCACUAUUUGUUUUUGAUACAGUAGGUGUGUGCGUGUUAACUGUUUGGACUCAGGGUGUGAAUGUGUGUGUGUGAGCGGCUUCAGUGCCAGCAGGGAGCUGAAGAAGCGUGUUGUGAUCUACGGCACAAAACCGUCCUAAAAGAUUCCUGUUAAGUUUGAGAAGUUGUAGAUUUCAUGUGCUAGAAGAACAAAUACGUAAAGCAAUAAGACAUUUAUGCAACAUGUAACUUUUAUGAAGUUGUUUUUUCUCCAUUUUUGAGGCGGAUCAAGUGUGUUUGAUUUGUUAAAAAAAGUCCUCAUGCUGCCAGCAAGAAAAUAUAUAUCAGCUGCUUAUUUGGGUUGUUGAUUAUUGUAUGCAACUUUUUAGGAUGUUCCGAUGUUCCCACUCUUUUUGCCGCAGCCCUUUUUUAUCACUAGAUGUAUGCCAUCUUUUUGUAGGAUGUAUAGAAAUAUGAGAGGGGGGAGAACUGUUUGGUUGCAGAGAAAACGGCAUCUGGAGAGUGACAGUAAGAUCAGCAGCAUUAUUAUUAUAAUUGUUUUAAUAAGUUAGGGAAACAUCAUGAGGAAACAGGGUAUGUUUGCUUCUAUAGAAACUGAUCUAAAGAAGCAGCUCAGACCUCUCAGGUGCAUACACAGGAUUGGAAACAAAAACUGAAAUAGGUUUAGAAAACUGCAUUUAUCUGCAUUUAAAGUAAUAGUGCAGCCACCAUCUUUCUUGAGUUCAGGCAGAAAGUGGAUUGAAGUUUGGCCAUGAAACUCCCUUCACUUUCCCAGGAUGUGUGGGAUAUUUUUUUCUUCAAAAUGACAUGGAAAGCCACAAUUUGAUGUUCAAAAAAUACACUUUCUGUCUGAACACAUGGUAAUAUAAAGCCUGGAAAUGUUUAAAAGCCUCUUGUUGGGAAGCCACUUUUAGUUUACAUGAUAUAAAACCCCAAACCAAGUUUUCAAUUAUGAAUCCAGUGUUUAUCUUUCAAGCUUUAAAAACAAAAAAUAACAGUGGCAUAAAUCAGGAGAAAAACUUGACUCAGUCUGAAGGGUGAAGCGAAAAGUUGCAGUAUCAUCUGAAGCUACAUUAUGUUUAUGCAAUGAAAAAACAUUAGUCGUUGAAUUGAUAUAAACUAUAGCUCAUGGAGGUUUGUUUUGAAAUAAUUGUCAUGUUAUUUAUUUAUUUAUUUGAUCAAUAAGGUUUUUUUUUUCAUCCAAAUUUUGAGAUGUUAUUAAGAAAUGACAGAUUUGAUUUUAGUUUUACUCAAAUGUAUAAAAAGCAUCUUCCUUUUUAAAAAAAAAACACUAAUCAAGUGUUCAUGUAAAGAAACAUCAUUCACAAAAUGAAUCGUAAGUGUUGAAUAAAUUUUGGACGACCCAGGACUCUUUUUUCGUUUGUUUUCCUAUUUUACACCUCAUAUUUCCCAUCACUCAUCCUACGUCACUCAUUACUUCCUCACAGCCAUUUUAGGCUGUGUGUGUGUCAUCUCUAAAGCUUUCCAUGCAGCUUUUUUUCU